AUGAAGAGCAAAGGAGUCGAACUCGACGAAUGUCUUCGAUGCAUCCGUUCGUUGGCGCGUUUUCACGCACUAUCGUUUGCAAUGAAACUGCAAGAUCCGCACACAUUCCAGACGCUUGUAAACGAACUGCAGGAGACGUACUACAGUGCCCGACUCGAACCAUGGUACCGGAACUUUAUGCAACGGAUAGUCACCAUCUGCAAGGAAGCGCUCGAGACCGAAUGUGCGGAAGAUCCUGAAGAAUAUUCGCCAUGUUUCGAACGUCGUGUUCGGAAUUUCUUGGAUGGAAACAUCUACGGCAUGAUGGUCGAGCUGACGCACACACGCAACCAGUACUCCGUGAUAACGCACGGUGACUGUUGGUUACCCAAUUUUCUCUUCCGAUCAACCGCUCACGUUCGCAUGAUCGACUUUCAGAUGGUACGGUGGGGGUCCCCGGUACUAGACAUCAUCCUGUUCGUGUACUGUUGUACCGACCAAGCGCUCCGCUCGCAGCAUUACGAAGAGCUGCUGAGCGUCUACUACCGAAGCUUCAGCGAACUGUUGACCGAACUUGGUACAGAUCCACUCGAAACUUUUCCACCCAGUGCGCUGACGGACGAGUUGGAACGGUUCGGUCGGUUUGGGUGCGGGAUUGCGAUAGAAUCGAUACUACUUUCACUGCUGGACGAAGCGGAUGUGCCGGAUUUGGAUAGUAUCGAGGGUACGGAAGCCGUUCCGUUGGAGCAAAUUAUGACGGUGCGGACCAUUCAAACGCGGUACGGGCGUCGCCGUUUGCUGGAUGUGUUCCGCCACGCACAAGACUGUGGGUAUUUGAAGUGA